AUGGUCAAGAUGGGUUUUAUAGAGUACCAGUACGCGGCCGCCAAAUACAUCGCUGGCCGCACUUCUCUGGGCUGCCCGCUGCUUCCAUCGCUGGCCGUCUUCACACGCACGCUCCCUUACGUGGCCGCCAAAUACAUCGCUGGCCCCACUUCUCCGGGCGGCUCGCGGCUACCAUCGCUGGCCGCCUUCGCGCGCGCGUUUCGACCCCAGCCGACGGCUCCAUUAACUGGCAAGCCUUAUAUAAAGCCGGCCGCCGCCGCAAACGCCAGUUCUCAUGGGGAAGUGCAGCACGCCGUGGUCCAGCUGCUUGUGGAUGACGCGCCGCACCACUCGAGGUUGCCUGGCUGCUCGGCGGAAGUCUGGCGACUUCACUUGGAGAGACUGAACUUCAAUGGACUUGGGAAUAAUUACUUUAAUUAUGCAUUACUUCUGAGUCAGCUAGCUGCCGCCGCCGCCGCCGCCGCCGCCGCCGCCGCCGCCAAUGCUGCGUCUAAUUACCGAGGCUUAGUCGCCGCCAGCAGAUGCACCGGCAUCGGCAUCGGCAUGCAAAUUGACACUUGA